UUGGUACAGCCCGGUUUUGCGGCCUGUAGAGGGAGGAGGAAGAGGAGGGAGGUGUUUGGAGCGGCUUGCAGGGACAGCGGUGGCCUGAAUGCUUCCUCUCUGUUCUCCAGAGGCGUCCAGAUAUGCGUCACAAAGAUGUCCACACGCGGCUGCCAGGGAACAGACUCGGUCAUCAAACCCCUGGACACCAUCCCUGAGGACAAAAAGGUCAGAGUUCAGCGCACGCAGAGUGGCUUCGACCCGUUCGAGAAACCCGCCAGCCAGGUGAAGAGGGUCCAUUCAGAGAACAAUGCCUGCAUCAACGCCAAGAGCUCGUCAUCUGGAAAAGAGUCUCCCAAGCUGCGCCGCCACUCCAGCCCCAGUUCUCCCACAAGCCCCAAGUUUGGAAAGGCCGACUCCUAUGAGAAGCUGGAGAAGCUGGGGGAGGGUUCAUACGCCACCGUUUACAAAGGCAAGAGCAAAGUGAACGGGAAGCUGGUGGCCCUGAAAGUGAUCCGUCUGCAGGAGGAGGAGGGAACACCCUUCACAGCCAUACGGGAAGCGUCUCUUCUGAAAGGCCUGAAGCACGCCAACAUUGUGCUCCUCCAUGACAUCAUCCACACCAAGGAAACCCUGACGCUGGUGUUUGAGUAUGUGCACACUGACCUGUGUCAGUACAUGGACAAACACCCAGGAGGUCUCCACCCAGACAACGUGAAGCUCUUUCUCUUCCAGCUGUUGAGGGGCCUGUCCUACAUUCACCAGAGUUACAUUCUUCACCGGGACCUGAAACCACAGAACCUGCUCAUCAGCGACAGCGGAGAGCUCAAACUGGCUGACUUUGGCCUCGCCAGGGCCAAGUCCGUCCCCAGCCACACCUACUCCAACGAGGUGGUGACCCUGUGGUACCGGCCUCCAGACGUCCUGCUGGGAUCCACAGACUACUCCACCUGCCUGGACAUGUGGGGGGUGGGCUGCAUCUUCAUCGAGAUGAUCCAAGGAGUGGCUGCUUUUCCUGGAAUGAAGGACAUCCAGGACCAGCUGGAGAGGAUCUUCCUGGUUCUUGGAACGCCAUCAGAGGAAACGUGGCCUGGCGUGAACUCACUGCCUCACUUCAAACCAGAUCGUUUCACCGUCUACAGCGCCAAGAAGCUCCGACAGGCCUGGAACAAGUUGGGUUAUGUGGACCAUGCUGAGGAGUUGGCCUCCAGGUUCCUCCAGUGCUUCCCAAAGAACCGCCUCUCAGCGCGGGCAGCCCUGAACCACGAGUACUUCAGCAACCUUCCUCCGCGGCUCUGGGAGCUGCAGGACAUGUCUUCUAUCUUCACCGUUCUAAACAUCAAGCUGCAGACAGAGAGCGGGGACAGCAUCCAGGUGUGUGCGCGGAAGAACAGCCACGGAAAGGCAUCGUCUGGCAGCAAGCACUGACCUGAGGCAGCAUCCUGCACAUGGCGGCCUGACAGGUGGCUGCAGAAGAUGGAGGCAUCGGGAAGAGCUCCAGCUCUCUUUAUUUAUUACCUUCACACAAUAUUUGACUGUGUUUGUGGGGGUGCAUGAGAGGGGUCCCUUUUUGAACGGUACCGAAGAUUUCAGACUGUCGUUUGCAAGCUUUGUUUACUUUUUAUAAGUUUUCAGUAAUCACCUAUCAUGGCCGCCGUAGAGAGAAAAUGGCGUCACUAUCGCUGCAUAUCGUGUUCUGUGUUUGUAACUAGCCUCCUAUUUAAGAAUGUAUAUUUGUAUGUAUGAUAUCUAAAAACUA